UAAUUACUUUUAUUUUCUAUAAUCUCGAAAAAGAUUUAAAGAAGAAGAAGUAGAAGAAGAAGAAAUAGUUGGUGGAAUGUUGGAAUUAUUUUCUCCCAUAAAGUGUUUUCUUCGAGAAGAUCGAAUUCACAUUGACAACAUUGCAUUCAGGUUACAUUCACGCUUUACGGUUCUUGUUUUUCUUGUUUGUGCCACUCUUGUAACAGCUAAACAGUUCAUAGGAGAACCAAUUAGUUGCAUCUCCGAUCACAGCAUUGACAGAACGACGUUGAACGCAUACUGCUGGAUAUACAGUACGUUUACAGUAGCACGUCACUUAAAGGGAAUACCAGGUCGAACUGUCGCAAGUCCCGGAAUAGGAAAUACAUUACAGGACGACGAAUUAUACUACCAUCGUUAUUAUCAGUGGGUCUGCUUUAUUCUCGGCUUACAAGCGAUUCUCUUUUACGUGCCGCGAGCAUUAUGGAGAAUAUGGGAAAGGGAUACCGUCGCUUUACUCGCGAAGGACCUUUCCACUUCUUCUUUUUUGGACCGACAUACUUGGACCGAGGAUAGAAAACGUCAACUAGUCGACUAUUUCAUUCAAAGUGAUCUUCGUACUACACACAAUUUCUAUGCUUUUCGUUAUUUUCUUUGCGAACUUUUUAAUUUUGUUAAUACGAUAGGACAAUUAUAUCUACUUGAUCUAUUAUUCGAUGGUGAAUUUAAACGUUAUGGAAUAGCAGUAAUUAUAUUUGCCAAGGAAAAACAAUUAACCGAUAUGAUAGAUCCAAUGACCCGACUAUUUCCAAAGGUUACCAAGUGUACGAUGUACAGCUUCGGUUCGGCUGGUUCGACACAAAUACACGACGCUCUUUGCGUUCUCUCUUUGAACGUCAUGAACGAAAAGGUUUUCUUUUUUCUUUGGUUCUGGUUAAUGUUUCUUAUGAUCCUUGGCUUUUUUGCUAUCUUUUACAGAAUAAUUGUUUUCACUCAAGCGAAGGUAAGAGUUUAUCUUUUGCGAGCUUCGAUGAGGACCCUUGCGCAUGCCAAGGCAAAUACCAUCGUUCAAGUGCUUACUUUUGGCGAUUGCUUUCUCCUCCAUCGACUAGCACAGAACGUGAACCCGGUCAUAUACAGGGAACUAAUCGACGAGUUGGCAGCCAGCCUAUCGACCAAGCAUUUCAAAGGAUUAGUUUAA